AUGUUGUGUUCAUCGAUUCUUUUGAUGCUGUUUCUUACAGUUACUUAUGCAGCGGAACAAAAGUGUAAUCGACAACGUGUUGCAACAUGGAAUGCGGAACAACGAUUAAUCUGCGAUCUACUUGAUAAUUAUCAAGUCAAAUGGGGACGGCCGGUAAAGAAUAUGACUGAAGACGUCGAAGUUCAAUUUGGUUUACAAUUGAUCCAUAUCAGUGACCUUGAUGAGAAAAAUCAAGUAUUGAUCACUAAUCAAUGGCAAAUCUAUGAAUGGCAGGACGAAGCAUUAACAUGGGAUCCAGAAUAUUAUGAUGAUCUUCAAGAUAUACGUUUACCGAUCAAACGUAUUUGGCAGCCAGAUGUCACGUUGUAUAACUAUGCCGAUACACGACUGGAAGAAAAACGUGAAGUUCUAGCUGUUGUGUAUUACAAUGGAACCGUUGUUUGGAAACCAAUGUCAAUUUUUAAGUCAACAUGUCAAAUUGACAUUCGACGGUUCCCAUACGAUCGGCAGAAUUGCUCAAUGAAAUUCGGUACAUGGACGUAUGAUAGUUCCAAAGUGAAUCUUAAUUUCUAUCGUGAUAUUCAUCAAUUCGACUUGAGAUCGUAUGUUAAAUCCAACGAAUGGACGAUUUUAGAAAACUACGCCAAACGUAAUACCGAAAAAUACGAUUGCUGUCCGGAAAUUUAUGUUGACUUGAAAUUCUAUAUCAUACUUGAACGGCGAGGUGGAUUUUAUAAUUACAUUCUUAUUUUACCAUGCGUACUUCUCUCCUGCUUGACAUGCAUACUAUUUUGGCUACCUCCGGAAAGUCCGUCGAAGUUGGUCCUUGGUGCGUACUACUGUUUAAAUAUGGGCAUGAUCGCUACAUCGACAUUUCUCUGUACAAUUGUCGUUCAUAUCUAUUUCCGUGGAAGUGGACCGAUGCCUGUUAUAUUACGAAAAGUUUUUCUCGAGUGUUUGGCACGACUUUUCUGUAUGGUACCGCAUACGGGUUCAUAUCAGCAGCAUGCAGUCAACGGUCUCGUUCCCCCUGUGAAAGCCACGUGCGACGGUGAUAAAUUUGAGAAAUUUGAGUUACUCAAAGAACGGUUUAAAACAUUCGGUGAUAAACGUAUUAUAACAACGAACGAUGAUUCAAAUGAUGAAGCAUUAGAAAUGACUGACGACGAUCAUCAUCAUCAUCAACAACAACAACACGCACAGAUACUAAAUCAACAAAUCCAACAGCAAAUAACAGCGUCGAUUGCAUUCAUGACUGUGGAGACAGAUUUGAAAGAAAUACGUGAUUUUCUUCGAACAACACGAAAACGUAUGGAAGAUAAAGAAGCCAAAGCGAAAACAAUUAACGAUUGGAAACAAGUCGCACUUGUACUUGAUCGAACUUUCUUUUUCAUCUACUUAUCUGCUAUAAUUAUCUCUCUUGCUGCGAUGUUCCCUCGAUAG